CCCUUCACUCCGCCCCCUCCGGCUUCACGCCCCGCUCCCUCAGAGCCGCUGUGCGGGGCGGACAUGGAGGCUGUGCCGCGGGGGGCCUGGAGGGGCUGGUACCUGUCUGCCCGGCGGCAGCGGGACUAUGGACAGGGGGAGGAUGGAGACGGCGACAGCGAGGAGGACGGGGACAGCGCCCCGCUGCUGCCGGGGGCAUCGGGCACAGGCUCCUCACAGCGCGGCUCCUCCUUCGGCCUGUCCGUGUUCAACCUCAUGAACGCCAUCAUGGGCAGCGGCAUCCUCGGCUUGUCCUACGCCAUGGCCGGCACCGGGGUCCUGGGCUUCAGCUUCCUGCUGCUGAUGGUCGCCAGCCUCGCGUCUUACUCCGUGUUCCUGCUGCUCAGCAUGUGCACACAGACCGCUGUCACCUCCUAUGAGGACCUUGGCCUGUUUGCGUUUGGAUCAGCAGGAAAGGUCCUUGUUGCAACUACAAUAAUUAUCCAGAAUAUAGGAGCUAUGUCAUCUUAUCUGUUAAUUGUGAAGUCUGAGCUUCCUGGUGCUGUUGCAGGUUUCUUAAGCGGAGAUGAAAGCGGGUCCUGGUACCUCGAUGGGAGACUGCUGCUACUCAUUACUUCGGUCUGCAUUGUAUUUCCCCUCGCGCUUCUUCCUAAAAUCGGCUUUCUUGGCUACACAAGUAGUUUAUCAUUUUUCUUUAUGGUGUACUUUGCGCUCGUGGUUAUGAUAAAGAAGUGGUCCAUCCCUUGUCCUCUACCUCUAAGCAGUGCAAUAGAGACUUUACAGGUUUCAAAUUCUACUGCGGAUUGUAAAGCAAAGCUCUUUCAUCUUUCAAAAGAGAGUGCUUAUGCAAUACCAACCAUGGCCUUCUCUUUCCUCUGCCAUACCUCAGUAUUACCGAUUUACUGUGAGCUCCAAAGUCCAUCCAAAAGCAGAAUGCAGAAUGUAACUGUCACAGGAAUUGGCCUGAGUUUCAUAAUCUACUUUAUGUCUGCUUUGUUUGGGUAUCUGACAUUUUAUGACAAAGUGGACUCUGAAUUGUUGCGAGGUUACAGCAGGUACCUGCCACAUGAUACUGUCAUCAUGACUGUUAAACUGGCCAUACUGCUCUCCGUGCUUCUGACAGUUCCUCUAAUCCAUUUCCCAGCGAGGAAAGCCGUAUUGAUGGUGUUUUGCUCUCACCUUCCCGUGUCUUGGAUUUGCCAUAUCCUUGUCACCUUAGUGCUGAAUGCAAUCAUUGUUUUGUUUGCAAUGUACGUGCCAGACAUUAAAAAUGUAUUCGGGGUAGUUGGUUCAACCACAUCGACAUGUUUGCUUUUUGUGUAUCCUGGACUGUUUUAUCUUAAACUCAGCAGAGAGGACUUCCUGUCACCACACAAACUCGGGGCAUGUGCAUUGGUUAUCUUUGGCAUAUGUGUUGGUCUGCUCAGUUUAAUUCUAAUAAUCCUCAACUGGAUUAAUCAGUAACACCGUGUGAUUACAAUCCAAAGUGAGCUUCAGGAGGACGACAAGACCCAGAGAUACUGACAGCCUACAGAAAACACUGACAGCAACCACCUUCAGAACAAAUAACACUUUUUCAGCCUGCUGGUGAUGUUCCUUCAUUACCCUCAAGUCUAAAAUACUAGUUCUUAAUGAUGCUCUUGUGGCGGGGAAAAGGAUCUCUUGAUAAUCCCUGCUAUGCAAAGAUAGUUUGGUGCACGUGGUGAACGAACUCAGAACCUUAAGACAAAUUUUCUUGUAAAGAGAAUGAGAUGGAUUUUAAAUCAGUUGUGACGUGUGUAUCGCGUAUUAUCCUAGAAGUGAAAGACAGCUGUUGCUUCUUUAAGUUCCAGAAGUUCAACCAGUUGAUAUUAGGAACUGACUGAUUCCAAAUGUUUACUCUAAUUUAUCCAAAUACAGACUCAGAGGCCAACCACCUCAGCCCAGUUUAAUGGGCACACCAUGAUAACAGUAUUCUUGUUUUAUACCUCCUGUGUACUUGAAUUGUACUGAAGUAAUUUUUAAAUUAGGAGCUUUUACCCAUCCAACAUAGUAGGUUCUCAGAGCAUUCGUGAUUCUGUUUUGUAUUUAAUAAUAGACCACUUUCAGUUAAUGUCUGCUUUUGAGUAUUAUUCAAAUUACCUCAGUAUUCCUGCCAGUGGGAGACUUUUCUUUUUCUCUCUCACUCCCAUUUCUACCAGUGUUUCCUACUUGAAAUAGAACAUAUCUGUGUUUUAUGUACUGUUGUGUGUUUGGACUUGAAAGGUGGCAUUCUGCUGUCCUGAAGGCAAAGGAAAUUUUAUAUUUACAGAGCCUUAAUUUUACCCUAAAAUCUCUAAACAUUCACACAGCCUUUUGUAAUUCUGCUUUUUUUUUCUGCCUAAAUGAAUCGUGAAUGCAGUUUUCAACACCAGCUGGGCUUUGUUACAUAUAGUAUGGGGUGCCCACUGCAGAAGUUCCUUAUAUCAGCCGUUGCUUUCAUUCUACUGGUAUCAUGGUAAGCAUCCUUAGAUUUGUUACUAUCAGAUGGAAUCUAAUGUCUUUAGAAUAGCCUAAUCUCUUUAGAGGCUUCAUACCCUGAUGAAGUUAAGCCUCUGCAGAAAUACCUUGUGUAAAGUUCAGAAAUUGGACCUCAGACUCAAACAGCAAGAUUUAAAGAGUGGGAAAGUUCUUCAUUAUUUCCAGAUGCAGUAUUUCUUUUAAUCCAGCUUAGCACUUUACAUCUAAGGAUUGGACUAAGGUACAAAUGAAAUAGUAAAUUAAUUCAUCUGGUUAAUAUGAAAGAAGCUAGUGUAUGACCUUUAUGGAAAUGUUUCUGUCCAUAAGGUGAGCAGUAAAUUAGUUGAUUCUAGGUAGAAAAUCCUGUUGAAACAGUUCUGUUAAUGUGUUGACAUAUGUUUUCUCAUUUGAGGUAGGGAAGACGCCCUAGAAACUGACAUUUUGAACCUCUUAGCAGCAGGUCUGUCUUUUUUAAGCUCCUGUGCAAAACUGGGGCCAGAAACUAAAAGUGAGAAAUAAAGCUACAGCAAAGUCGUAGCUGGGCUGUUCCCAAAAGCACCUCUGCAUAAACACUCAUACUUCCCAAUGAUGCAGGAGAGGCAGCAUUCAGUCUUUGAAGUAUUGAUAUUUUAUUGUUGUUAAUGUUGUCACGAUAGAUGGUGACUCAGGUCCUCACUGCUGGUGGCUGUAGAGCAACCUGAAAAUUGGUUUCAGCUUGGAAGGACUUCACUUGUAAGCUGACCGCCUUGGGAAAGCGCGGCUGCCUGUGCCAGUGGCCGCAGGGAGCAAUGGGUGAUGGCACUCUCCAGAAGAGGAUGUGCCAAAUUCAACAUAACCCAGAGAGAAUGCUCUUGAUCCUUCCCUGUGUAAUAGGGAGGAACAGAAAAUAGCAGACUUGGAACCACCAUCUCUGUUCCUGAGCUGGCAAGCUGUGCCUUCUCUGACUUCAGUGCCAGCGGAUCACUCAACUCUUGGGAUCUGUAAGAUGUUUUUCCCUUUUGAUAGAUGGCCUGCAGGCACCCAGGUGCCGUUGGUGUGCAGUUGGUACUGCUUCAGGAAUCCUUUUGCCUGAGGAAUGUUCUUCUGCUUAGGAGUUUAACGCAGAAACAGACUCGAGUGGUGAGGUGUAGGAACUAACUCAGGAGUUUUGUUAGGAUCCCCAUUCUUUAAAAAUCAGUACAAUAUAUAAAAAGACUGCAGUUGUUUUUAUCACAAAGCUUCUAUCUGGGGUUUCAUGACACAAGGUGAGGUCACCACCAGAAACAGCACGUCCACUCCUGGGUAGAAGCUCACAGCUCCUUCCUGUGGCACUGGCACGGUGGUGGCUCCUCCUCAGUGUGUUUCACUAGCAGAAAACCUGGAAGGGUGAUGAGUUAUCUGCCAAAAGCUGAACAAAGUGAGGUCUCUUGGGGGCAGGAAAGGGAAGGAGGAUGGAUUGGACUGCCUUUCAGGUUUUAGAUCAGUGUUUUUCUCGCAAACCUCACUCUCCAUCUUUGUGCACACAGGGUGCCUCUAACUUGAGAGCUCUCUGGCCUCCUGUGAUCAAGGGGUUGGUCAGACAGUUUCUCAGCACCGUGUGAGUAACAGGGAUUGGGGCCAUUCAUUUUGCCUUUAUUAUUGCAGCACCCUUCCUUUUCAAUUCUCGAUAACCAGGUGUAGCUCCUCCUGCCUGUACCUCCCUCUGAUAGCUGUGUGCUCCCAGGCUUUGUUGGCUGUGGGGAUUCUGCCAGGCAGAGCAUCUAUGGCAACGCUGCAAAAACCUGAGUAUCCAUUUUAUAUGAAGUGUACCUUGAGAAAUCAACGAUAGCUGCAGUUCAGGAAAUGAUUUUCUAACUGAACCAGAACUUAGGAAAACAGGAGACCUUACAUUCACGUCAGUGGACUGUAGAUACAUUUUGUAAGCCACUCGAAAUUAGGAGGAAUAUUUCUUAGAAUUGUGAGGUUUUAUGAAAACCAUUUCUCACAGAUCACGUCUUGCAGCUCGCUAUUGAGUAGUAGUUGUAAGACAUCAUUGCAGGCACUUUAUUUUAAACUCUGAACAGCAGGGCUUCAUAUGGAAGAUUUACAUCAUCUGUGAAGGUGCAGAAAGUUGGCAAGGCUCUGCUGAGCUUUUGCUCUUUGUUUCUCCCAGAGAAAAAAUACUGAGUCUGCCCUGUGCUGCAGUCCUCAAUGCCUGCACAGUUUGUGUGCAUCGUGUUAAAAGAUGGGGCUGAGAAAAUGCAUGAAAUAAGGUGUCAGUUUUACAGCUGCUUGCUGUAAUGCUAUGGAAAUCACGGCAUUAUUGUUUUUAAGCCCUGGGUACACGAGCUGGGCUGUAAACUGACUGUCCUGGUAGGUAGCAUUGGGCUGAUGAAUACCAGCCUGUGAAGUUAAUGUUCCGUGAGGAUGAAGGGAAGCAAUUCACACCUCUGCUGGAGCUCUAUUAUUACAUUUUGGCUGCGGUGCAGAGGGGAUGGAAGCACACCGGUUUGCAGAGAGCUGUCAUCUUCCAUUUGCAAAAGAGUUAGAAAUGCUGCUACUUGUAAGAAAGUCCUACAAUACAUAACUUAAAACGUGAGGAGAAGGCUGCUAAAUGUAGGAAUUCAACAUCAGAGCAAGGAUGCUGCUUUUAGUCUCAGUCUUCCCCAGACUGUGCAAUAUUCCAUGUAAGGGUUUCACUGCGGCUGUACAUAAGCAUGAGUUCUGUUGAGCUCCACUCUCACGUGCUUCCAGAUAUAUUUUUCUUGUGUACAGACUUUUUUGUUGUUGUUAUAUUUCCAGACUGGUGAAUUUCAAAAGUUCUGCUUUAUUAUGUGUAUGCCAUUUUAUUUUCUGAAGCCUCAGUUAGAGGGAUCCCUCAGCAUUUCUGGCCUCACUUGGGAAGGUUGCCUUUCCCAGCUGCACAAGGAGAACAAUGUAAGAGACAAAAAUGAGUCGGUAGCCUUUGAUUUGCUUUCUCUCAUUCUCCUGUUUCCAUUCCGUGUCCAUGUAAGGGCUGCUCAGGUUACAGAUGAGCUGUGGUAAGCCAGGCUGGAGAAGGGAGCGCUGCACACAAGUGCUUACAGCCUGUGUGUGUAUUGUGCUCGAUGCUUAUUGUUUAUUCCCUUGUUUCUAAGCAUCUUCGUACUGAUUUCCACUGCAGCUUGUUUAAAAUUCUCUCAUGUCCCUGUGCAGUGUAAACUGACCCUCUGUGAUACCAUCCUCUCCUCUCUGCCCCUCCUUUUCCUUUCCCCUGAGCACGGAGACACGGCGGUGCAACAAGAUCUCUGUGCUUGAGCUGCUAGGGCAGAUGUUAUAUCCCACCCUGCUUGUAAACAUGUUGUUUGCAUGGGAGAGGAUUAGGGCUUGUUCUAUAUUGCUGUGUUUCUGACUGUGCACAGUCAUUGUGGUAUGGAUCUGGGAUUCAGUGCUCUGAAAGCUGCAGUCUGUGAAGGCUGAGAGGACUCAAAGGAACCAUGUACCCCUGUGUACCUCUGUUGGGUAGCAAUAGUGCAGGUUAUAGACCUGCGUGAGCUGAUCCAAAAUGUCCAGUCUUUAAAGUAUAUAUAUAAUAAUUUCAUUAAAUUAAUUCUUAGGAUUAUCUCCAUAGAAUAUGACAGUUUUCAUUAGCAUCAUCAUGCAGAUUCAGCAGAGCACAACAACACAUGAGGACAGAGCUGUGCCUGUUCUGGAUACAGGUGAUCGUAUCACCUUGAACACAGCUGUGUUGAUCUGGCUCCGAGGCUCUUACAGAGCCAGAGGGAGGUUCUGAAUAUGGAAUCCUGCAAAUUCAGCACGCUGGGUUCUGUAUUUUGCUUCCUAUAAGCAGUAGGAGGAGAUGGACAUUGUACCAAUGAAGAUUAAUUGUGUUGUUUCCAGCUGUCCCUAUGUACAGAAAUGAAAGUUAACAUUAGCUCAAUAGUGGGCAUCCUAAUGUACUCUAAUUAAAGCUUCAGGUCAGUCCUGGAGUUAAAAUAACACGGAUUGUUGUAGAACUCCUUUCCUAAUUAGAUUUAACACUUAAGGCACAAUCAUUGCUUUGUGUUGCCUUUGAUGUUGAGAGCAUUCCUUAUAGUUGUUCUGCAUCCCAUGGAGCCUUGGGGAUGCAUCUGCUUCCCAGUGACUGUUGCUGUCUGACAAUUCCCGCUGCUGAAAAGGAGCUGCCUUAUUUCUGCAGGUUGUGGUGAUGUUUUUGGUGUAUCCGUGUUUCAGAAGUGAUCGUUCAGCUUAAUGGGGAACUGAUGUUUUGCUUUUUAAAAGGAGUCAUCUGUAUGUAAAAAAUACCUCGUGAACGUCUGAUCUGUGUGCCAUGCAUUUCCUGUUUUGAGUUCUUCCUCCCACAGAUUUCUAUGGAGCAGCCACGGCGUGUUCCAAGAAAAACAGAAAAUAAAGGACAGUGUUUGCAUAACUCA